UUCACAGGCCUCCUACCCGAGCAAUAUGCCUACAGGGAGCUUUAUUCCUCCGUUCGGCAUUCUACAAAGAUAUUGAUUAUCUUAGGAGAAUGUUCCAACCCCUGAUUGAGCAGGCUCUUGAUCAUGUCGUCAUACUAUUCAGAACACCGUGGAUAUUCACUCUUCUAGCCACUAAUUAUCAUUGCCACCUACGCAUCUAUCGAAGGGCAGCAAGGAGUAUUUCUCAAUUUUAUCCCUCGAUGGUUACCACUUGGAGUCAGGGCAAUCAAGUGUCUUCAACGGAUCCGGAAUUCUCCAGAUGAGAUCGUUAGAGUGGAUGGCUUAAGGGGGAUGUUCAAAUUCAGCCAAAACUUUUUGUUUGGCUA